ACAACCCUACCCUCUGGGACCCACAGGGAAUCCAGGAUGGCGUCCUGGCCCCGAGCCCUGCCCGCUCUACUGCUGGGAUUGCUUCUCGCCGCUACCCCUCGGGCCCACAGCACCGAGCCCGGUCUUGUGGGCAGGAUCACUGACAAGGGCCUGGAGUAUGCUGCCAAGGAGGGGCUGUUGGCUCUGCAGAAGGAGCUAUACAAGAUCACCCUGCCGGACAUCAGUGGGGACGCCAAGGUCAAACACAUAGGCAGUGUGAACUAUAAGUUCCACAGCAUGGAGAUCCGAGGCUGUGAGCUGCACAACUCGGCCCUGAAACCGCUCCCGGGCCAGGGCCUGAGCCUCACCAUCUCGGACGCCUCCAUCUGGGCCCGGAGCGAUUGGAAGGUGCGCAAGCGGUUCCUGAGACUACGAGGUUCCUUUGACCUGAGUGUCAAAGGCAUCACCAUUUCAGUCAACCUUCUCUUGGGCAGCGAGCCUUCUGGGAGGCCCAUGGUCACUGCCUCCAGCUGCAACACCAAAAUCUGCGAUGUAGAUGUGGACAUCUCGGGAGAUUUGGGGUGGCUGCUGAAUCUCUUCCACAACCAGAUUGAGUCCAAGUUCCGGAGCUUGCUGGAGAGAAAGCUUUGUGAAAUGGUCCAGAAAUCAGUGGCCUCUGACCUACAACCUUAUCUUCAAACUCUGCCAGUCACAGCAGAGAUCGACAGCUUCGCUGGCAUUGACUACAGCUUAACAGGGGCCCCUCGGGCAACGGCCCAAAUCCUGGACGUGAUGGUUAAGGGUGAAAUCUUUAACCGAAAUCAACGCUCUACCGUUGCUCUCCUGGCUCCCGUCAUGACCCUUCCUGAGGAACACAACCGAAUGGUCUACUUUGCGGUCUCGGAUUAUGUCUUCAACACAGCCAGCCUGGUCUAUCACGAGGCAGGGCAUCUCAACUUCUCCAUCACCGAUGACAUGGUCCCGCCGGACUCUCGAAUCCGACUGACCACCAAGUCCUUCCGACCCUUCAUCCCCCGGAUAGCCAGGCUGUACCCCAACAUGAACUUGGAGCUCCAGGGAACGGUGGUCUCCCCGCCUUUGCUGACCAUCAGCCCUGGGAAUCUGUCCUUGACGCCCCUGAUGGAGAUUGAGGCCUUUGUGCUUCUGCCCGACGCCCGCAGGGAGUCUGUCUUCCGGCUCGGUGCGGUCACAAACGUGUCUGCCGUGCUAAGCUUCAACACCAGCAGGAUCACUGGGUUCCUGACGCCAGGAAAGGUACAAUUGGAGCUGAAGGAAUCCAAAUUUGGAGUCUUCAAUGUGGAGCUGUUGGAGGCGCUCAUUAACUACUACCUUCUCAACAACCUCUACCCCAAGGUCAACGAAAAGCUGGGGGAAGGUUUUCCCCUCCCUCUGCUAAAGCAAACUGAACUCUACGACCUUGUUCUUCAGACCCACAAGGACUUCCUGCUCUUGGGGGCCAAUGUCCAGUACACGGCGGACUGAGCACAGAGGGAGAGCUGCCAGUGUGGAGUGGAGGCCGCAGCUGCGUGUGGGAUCCCGCUGCAUCUUCAGAUGUGCAGCACGUUUCCAGAGACGCAGGAUGAGAACUCCUGCUCUCAGCUCUGAGGGCAAGGGUCUGCCUGGCUCCUGCUCUCCCGCCAGGGCACACAUGCCUUCGCUGGACUCGGGACUGUCUCCAACAGAAUGAACCGGCCUCCCCACCCCUUACCCCCACUGGCCUGUAAUCUGCUAGAGGGUUGAUCCCGGUGCCUAGCAGAGUGCCAGCCCUUAGUAGGUUCUCAAUAAAUAUUUAUUGAACAGUCCAAUGAAGGAACCA